UUGACCUAGAGACCCUUUGCACUGACCUACGCGUGAUGCGCAUUGGUUUCGAAUUUAGAUUUUUAAAUGCCAUGCAGCCACAGCUGUCCGCCGCGAAAUUGUUAUUUCGAUGGGUCAUUCCAUUCACCGAUCGUGAAUGACAAUAAACAAGAGAACGACAUCGUAUAGUAUUUUAAUUGUGUUACGUGGAUCAUGGGCUUUAGCUCGCCACUUGUGCGCAAGACACUCAAAGAAAAUUAGAUGAGAUAAAAAAAUCAGUUUUCUAUCACAAUGGAAGAGAUAAUACACUGUAAUCAUCGAUCGGCCGAAUUUUAGCAUCGUAUGACCAUGCUUUGUCGCCUGGAAAGUCAGAGGUGACAAAAAAUAUCGCCCACAUGUCAGAAAUAUACCACGGUUUGUUUGGGAAAGAAACAAUACUAAUAAAAUCAUCCUGUUAUAGACUAUCAAAGUGCAGUUACAGUAAUCGUAAAUAAACAUGAAUGAUUGACUUGUAAUAACUAGUUGUUCGUAUUUGUCGAUGUUUCGAAGAACAAUUGGAACGGUACCAACGUACAUUAUUUACACCGAAACAUGCGCCAAUAUUCCAAAAUAAUAUAUCAGUUAUUGAAAAUAGAUAAUGCCACGCAUAACCAUAAGUGACUUUUGAACAGAACAUAUAACCUCAAAUAAUUCGAGAACAUCGUACCCACGGCACAUGCAUAUAUUUGAAAAACAAAAAGUAGUCAAAGGUUCCAGCAAGUAUGGGUAGUAUAUUUGAUGGAUACGAAGAGUUGAGCAUAGCUCGAGUGACCAGUUACGUUGCCUCUGGAGCAAUGAUCUUUGGAGGCGUUGUUCCAUAUAUUCCUCAAUACCGAGAAAUUAAGCGCAAAGAAGAUUCUGAAGGUUUUUCGCUAUAUGUCUGCCUUGCGCUUCUCAUUGCCAACACACUACGGAUCUUAUUUUGGUUUGGAAAGCGCUUUGAAACUCCCCUUUUGUUGCAAAGUAUACUGAUGAACAUUACUAUGCUGAUGAUGGUUAAAGUUUGCAUUAAUGUCAGGAACAAGAACCAGAUUAUAAAAGCAAAGGAAAGAGUAUUCACAGACUUUCAAUCAUACUUGGAUUUCAUACUGUUAUUUGGAGCAAUUGGAGCAGUAGUCAUGUACCUUUUUGUGGAUGUAUUGAUAUUUGUGGAGACUGUGGGACUUGUCGCAGUUCUCACAGAAGCGAUGUUGGGAGUCCCACAACUAAUGCAUAACUUCCAGCAACAAUCAACCGAGGGAAUGAGUAUAACGAUGGUUGGAAUGUGGACCGUGGGUGAUACGUUUAAAACGUGUUACUUUAUAGCACGAGAGGCUCCAGUACAAUUUGCUAUCUGUGGGGCUCUACAAGUGGUGGUAGAUAUUUCAAUUCUAGGCCAAGUUUAUUUGUAUAGAGGUUCCAAAACUUCUAGCAGAACGCCGAUUCGUUCGGAUUAACAAUCAGCUGUGUUUCAUCUACUAUUGAUAUUAAUUCGCAAUGUGACUUUACACAUCAAUUUGUAAAUAAUAUUGUAAUAUAGCUUUUAUUAUACUUAUGUAGUACAUGUUGUAUUGAAUAUACCACUUGUUUACAAAUUUA